GCCGCGACGGCUGGAGCGAAGUGGAGGGCGAUGGCGUCACAGAGGGCCGAACGCGAGCGGUGUUAACGGUCACCGGGAAAGAGCGGCCAUGAGCGGGAGAGUGGCCCGGCAGGUGAGCUGACAAGAUGUGGAGCAGCAAAUCUAAUAAAGCAUCCGUGCUAAAUCAGAGACUGAUGCAGGGUCCGAGUACGAGGCAAGAUUUGGCCUCAGCAUGGGAUACAGUCAACAAGACCAAAGCUGCUUUGCGCCACAUAGAAAACAGGCUGGAAGCUGUACCCACCACCACAGCAGUGAUUGACACGGUGAUGGAUACUAAGAAAACUUCGAGCAGUGCUACUAGAAAAAUCAGUAGGAGGGAUGGAAGGUACCUGGAGGAUUCUGUAGCCAGUGCUACAUCUGUCAAGUCUGGUAGUCGUGUUAAAUCACGGAAGGACAAAACGUCCCGCAGCCCCUUGCGAUCUACCACUCUGGAAAGCAACAUUAAGAAGAGCAGCUGGGUUGAAUUCAGAGAUCCGCUAACUGCAUAUAGGGAAGUGGAUGUCAGAGUACCAUCUUACCUGACUGCUAGCCAGCUGGAAGCUCAGCGUCUCCUUUCUGAACGUAACUCCAGUGAAGUGCGAGGGAAGGAGUGUGAAGUCAGCCGCAUGAUAUAUGAGCGAGACAAUCGAAAUUAUCACUGUUUGGACAAUGAGAGUACGUGCUCAACUGCAGUAGAAGACACUGAGGUGAAGUAUCUCAAUGACCACUCAGCACUUGAUGGCCUGCACAGCUCCGACGCACUUUUCAAAACUCUUGGCCGAGAUUCCCUGGGUCAGAAAGGUGACACUGAGAAAGGUCCCCACGUUAAGCUCAUGAGCUGUGAGUCGGAUACAAAGAGCGAUCGGCCUUCUGAGCAGUCCCAGUUGUCCUCCCCAAAUUCCACUUCUGAGUCAGUGAUGCAGAAACUGGAGAUGAUGCGCAGAAAGCAGCACGAUGACAAGCUUGAGAAGCUGAAGGAACGGAUCAGGAAACAGCGAGAACACUCAGAUGAAUCUACUGAGAGGGAACGACUACUGAACCUCUCCGAGCUUCCUGCAGUGCCCGCAACAGAUACCACAAUUUCCACUGCCAAAGUGAGAAAGAUUGCUGCAGCACCACCUGCUCCAUCGUACAAAGGUUUCAACCCAAUGGAGACGAAAAUCCGAACACCAGAUGGCAAAGUGUGGUGUGAGGAUGAGUUGCACAGUAUCAGUAAAGACCUGUACCAGGAUUUCACGCUCCAGUUAACAGUGUUCACCAAGAGCUCAAGAGUUGCCUGGGAGAGCGGUAAAAUGAAGCAAGUCACAUGUGAAAAAGCUAAAGAGAAAAAAAUCACUAAACCAGUGCGGAAAGUACAAAAGGUUGCUCGAUCACCCAGCCCCAAUACCAAGCCAAGUCCUCAUGUUAUCAGCACAGGCUCCUGGCGUGAAGGCCAGAAGUUGGUUAAGAUGGUUUUGGGACCUGCACCUAAAACAGCGAAGGAAAAUGAAAAGGCUCCCAGCACAAGUUCUGGGAGAGAAAGGAAUGUCAGACCAAGAAAUACCACAAGAACAGACUCUGACACCAGGCUUGAAGCUUCUAAAAGGCUUCGUCCCAGGAGUUCUGAGAGACAGAGACCUGAGCAGCAGCUAGAGACUGACCGAAGAAAGAAAGAGGGGAAAAAUGAAUUGGACAUGCUGAAUACACAUGUGCUGCCAGCAGAAGUGCAAGGGAUUCUCGAUGACCUUCAACUGAAGUCAUCCCAUCCAGAUCCAGAAGUCAAGGUUGGUUUGGAAGAAGGUAAGAGACCAAUUGGAAUCCGGUUCUCUUCGAGAAGUGUGAGCCCAGUUAAGAGGAAGCAGGAGAGGCACAACCUGAGCACAGAAAUGCAGCUGAAGCGAUUGCGGCACUAUGAUGCUGAGGAAGUGCGCCAAUAUAUUGCCAGGCAGCAGGUAGAAAGGAAAAAGAGGCAGACAGAGGAGAAGAAAGCCCAGAAGGAAGCAAUGGAACAAAAGAACAAACGUCUGCAGGAACUCUAUAGAAAGCAAAAAGAAGCCUUCUCAAAGCCCAGGCAAGAGCCAAUGUAUCAGAGACGUUUACAGGAAACGUUAUCAAAAUAUGUGUCUGAGCCAGCAAAGGUUGAAGAGCCGUCACACCAUGAAGCGGUGCUGGAGGAGAGACAGCAAAAGACUCUCUAUCAACCUUCUGGAGAAUCUGACAAAGAGAACAAAGGUCAAGAGCGCCCCCUUAGUGCCUCAUCGAGUAGUGACAUGUCUCUCUCCGAACCUUCACACAGGCUGCAGAGACAUGACCGUUUGGAGUCCACGUGGAUGCCAUCUCAUCAGUUGAACCCUACAGCCCAGCCAGUCCUCACUGUUAGUGGAGCCAAACACUUGCAUCUACCAAAUGCGGAAUCUCAAAAUCUGUUGCCUGAGGAUUUGGAAGCAGCAGCAAAUAGGAAGGAAACUCCAUCGAAAGGGCAGGUGCCUUCUCUUCAUCCAACCCCUAGCUUCUCACCAAAUGACUACACAGCAGCUACACAAAAGUCCAUAGUCCUGCAGAAAAGUAAACUAGACCGCAUUGAGGCACUGAAGGCAAUGGCAGCCUCCCUUUCCAAUCGAAUUGAGAAUGGAGCCAAAAAGCUUGCAGGUGCGGGUAUCAACUACGGUGUUGCACAGAGCUCUGAGCAUGAUGUGCUCCGGACUGUAUGGGAUGAUGGGUGCUGGGUAAAGCCUGUCAGUCCACCAGUCCGUGACGGUGGUGAAGACAACAUCUCACCCAGAAUGCAUCGGGAUCGAGGAGCCAAUGUGGGUCUCACUACCUUUGUGGAUGGUCUACCAGGAGUCAGCAGUCUUUAUGAAUUUAAGAAGUUUGGUGAGUCACCCCAUUGUCAAGCCUCCACAACAACAGCAGCAGAUCUAGAGGCCAGGACUUCAGGGACAGACAAGCAACAGGAAGUGAACUGGGAAAACACAUACAAGAGGUCACUUGAGGCCCUGGAGCAAGAUUUGCAAAAGCUCAGCAGAGAGAGGAAGCAGUUUGAUUCCCCCCAUUCUAGUGAAGGGUCAAUCAGUGAAGGGCCACUGCUGAGUGAAGGAAGUCUGUCGGAGGAGGAUGGUUUACCCAGAUGCAGAGAUCCUGUCGGAUCAACAGAAAAGCUAAAGGAUAAGGAGUUCUGUGCAGGAGAAUUGAACUCACUCAGACCAGUUUUAGAUUUCCAGAAAGAAGCAGAAAAGUACCAAUCCCUGCAAAUACACCCAGUGGGAAACAAGAGCCGAGCACCUUGGGAAGAGCUCACCAAAGGAAGUCCUCAUAGUGUGAUUAAUAUCUUUACAAAGAGUUGCCAGUUCACUGGACAAGGAGGUUUGGAGGAAGAAUCUGACAGAAGCUCACCAACCCUGCAGCCCCUGAUGUCUACAGCAAGCCCUGAAGAAGUAGCUAUGUAUGAGGAUGACUUCCUCUCCUCUCAGAGCAGCGCAGCUUUGAGCAGGAAGAUCCCAUCAUAUCAAAGCAGACCAUCCAGUGCCCAAGGUGAAUAUCCCAGCAAAGGUUCUGUCAAUACAAGUUCGGGCGAGGUAUCCCCGCAGUCCUUGGGACAAUGUUCCAUGGUCUCUUCCCGAUCCUCUGGCUCUUCAGGAAAGAAACUAAAAAUAGACAGUAAUGAUGCUGCUGGGAGUGUGCAACACUCUCCUGUGAAUGAUGGUGCUUGGGUAUCUGCCAGUCUUUCAGAGCGGAGUUCACCUGAAGGAAGGAUGCCAAGCCUUGGGCAAAUGUUUGUGGAAGAUGUUGAGCAAGUGAAGGACAUAAAAGUGCUGGAAGACACCACUGUUCAAGUCCCAACUAGUGCUCAGGAGGAGUCAAAGGCCAAGAAAAGUGCAAACUCUUCUUCUUUCCAUUCCCCUGGCAGUUCUAUGUCUCAGAGACCUUUUCAGAAUGAUACAGUGAUAACUUCUGGAGAUGGGAUGAGGCAUCUGCCUGCUACUACCUUCACGGCUUCACCGUCUGUACCCUACAGACCGCAACUUGCUGAUGUCAGUGUUACUGCAAACAGACCCUCCAUGUCUUCUGCUGCAGCCUCCAUGCUGAGCUCCCCACUAAGUCUCCAACGCCGCAUGACUACUGAACUCACUUAUUUGGAUGCUAUAGAAGAGUCCGUCCGCCAGCUGUCGGAGAUAGACAGGACCCGGGGAAUUGCCCUUGCUCAACAAGAGACUGUGUCAUUGGCUCAGAUCCUAAAGGCCCAACAGCAAAGGCAUGAGCAUGACCUAGCCCUGCUAAAGCUGAAGGCUGAGCAGGAAGCUGUCGCAAGUCAGAGGCAGCUAGAGGAGGCCAGACAGAAAGCUGUACAGGUGCACGCAGAAACACUGCAGCAGUUUGCACAGGUUCGCCAAGAGAUGCUGCAAGAGUCCACAAGUAAAAUGAUGACUCAGCAGGUGGAAGUUGCUAGGCUGGCAGCCGAUACAGCACGUCAAGUUAAAGAGAUGACUGAGUUGGCAUGUGCACAGGUUGUAGCAGGAUCUCUGACUGCUGCAAACCUAGCCCGUGGAACAGCUCCUAUGCCAAUGACAGUGCUGUUGGACCAGCAGAGGCAACAGAAUUCAGACUUCAUGAAGCAACAGCGAGCCAGGGCUGAGUCUGACAGCAGAAAGAAUGAAAGCAGCCAAACACCAGCUGGAUCUAUGGAGAAACUGCCAGAUGCUAAAAUUCGUUACUCCACUUCAUUAGACAGUCUGUCUGAAUCAUCCAGGCUCAAACAUAAUGAUCGGAGCAGCAGUAGCGGCAGUAGUAGUAGGCACAACAGUCCCUCCUUACCAUUUUCAGACAAAAGCAGAACUUUCUGCCAUGCAAAGGGAAACAGCUCUAUUGAAGAGGUGGUGAAGACAGCAGUUGACGACUUGAUCCGCAGCGACAGUAUGCCUUCGAUACCCGAUGAGAAAGACUCUGCUUCUGUUGCCACUGAGUACUCCCUUAAGUUUGAUGAGUCAAUGACCGAAGAUGAGAUUGAAGAGAAAUCCUUCCGUUCCCUUCUUCCAUCAGAGAGCCAUCGCCGCUUUAAUAUGGAGAAGAAACGCAGCCAGCAGGAUGAUUCGGAUGAGGACAUAGCACGGGACCAGUUGGCUUCAAUAACUAUAAAACAUGAUUUGAGCAUGCCCUUCUCUGGGGGGCAAGACAGUUUCUCCAAAUUCACCAUGGAGAUGGUGCGGCAGUACAUGAAGGAGGAGGAGAUGCGUGCACAGCACCAAGUGUCACUCCUCAAGCUACGAGAACGAGCCUUGAAGGAAAAGACCAAAGCAGAGCUGGCCUGGCUGGAGCACCAGAAAAAACGCCUUAGAGACAAAGGAGAAGAUGACAAGAUGCCACCCAUCCGUAAGAGACAGCGUGGGCUUCUUCUCAGACUGCAGCAGGAGCAGGCUGAAAUCAAGCGUCUUCAAGAAGCCAACAGGGCUGCUCACAAAGAGAGACAACUAAUUCUGAAACAGCAGGAGGAGAUUCAACGUAUGCGCCAGACCACCAUCAAAAUUCAGGAGAAACUCAAAUCAGCUGGGGAGAGCAAGUUGGUUCAAAAUCUACAGGAGCAGCGGAAUGCAGAACAAACAGACAUGGAGAAUGUUUCCAAAGUGAGCCACACUUCCAGUCCCCUGCAAACAGAUAUGGAGACACGGAGCCCCUCCCCUGUUUCGAUCUCAGGCAGUGAGACCAGCAGCAUCAUGCAAAAACUGAAGAAGAUGCGCAGUCAUAUGGAUGAAAAACACUGCUCUCCUGUCCACUACUUCUUCUCUGUCUUUACGUCUCAUCACUGGGCUUCUCUCAGUGUCUGUUUUCCCAACCUACAUCCCAAAUUCCAGCUGUACAUCUACAACCAGCUGGUCAGAUUACAGUCAACAAAUGUCCCAGUUCCAGUCCCUGGGCUAGGCCAAGUUACCAGAUUGUGGAGCUCUAUGUUCCUUACUAAAAGGGAGCAGAAAUUGAUGCACCGGCGACGGCAUGCAGAGGAGCUGCUUGAGUGGAAGCGGCGGCUCGAUGCUGAGGAAGCUGAGAUCCAGCAAAUAGAAAAGCAAGCUCUGGCUGCUUGGGACAAGGACCUUAAACAAAAAAUGACAAAGCGAGAGGCAAGCGAGAAGAUUCCAGAAUCUAAGGACACCGGCAGCGAGGAAGAAUGUCCUGCGCCAUCUUGCUCCCAGCCCUGCAGUGACAGUUCAAUUCCUGAAGAGGUUGGAAUCUCACCUGCACAGACCCUGGAAUCACCAUCAGCAGUCCUUAGGAUGACCACCAGUCCUGACCAUAGUGUUUUCACAGAUGAUUGUUAUUCCCAGGACUUUGAAUCUGUUGCAACACACAGUAAACAGUCUUCUCCCCCAAAAGUGACUGAGAGUUCAUUGAAGCAAGAUGGCCAGAAAAUCAGUUCCGGUGUCCGUGUGCAUGUCAGACCUGUUGUAAAAUCCCGCCAAGCAUCUGGCAGUUGGUCUGAUGAAUCUGUUUCUGUGACACAAUCAGAAACUACGUCAGACCAGAGCGAUAUUGAGAGCAGGAUCCGUGCACUGAAGGAUGAACUUAAGAAGCGCAAAUCCAUUGUGGACAAGCUGAAGAAAGAGCAGAAGAAACGACAAAAGGAGCGAUUGAAAGCACAGGAGGCCAGUCUCAUCAAACAGCUAGAGUCCUAUGAUGAGUUUAUUAAGAAGACCCAAGUUGAACUCAGUAAAGAUCUUGAUGUUGUCAGCUCAAGCUCAGCCAAACCACGGAUUAAAACUCUGUACUCCACUACUACUGAGAAGCUGAAGAUUAAACCACCCUCUCUGCAGAGGACUGAAUCUGCAAAGAGCUGGAAAUCUCUAACUGAGAGUGAAAUAUCCAAAGCAUCACUGGCCCCCAUUACCAAGCAGGAUCAAAGAUCAUCAAGUCCAGAUGGGCAGAAAUCCAACUUGCUCAGUGAACUGUAUAGAUCAGAUCGAAGCAAGUCUGCAGUCUUUGAUAGUCGACCUGAUGAUUCCUCUAGGAGUCCUUCUCCAGUUUUAAAAAGUUACAUGAAAUCUAGACUUGACUUUGUUGAAGGCCUAGAUAAUGUGGCAGGAGCUCUUGAAUGUAGUUUUCUGCCAGACCAUUUGGCAUUUAGACCAGAGGACGGUUCUGGUGAUGAAAGUGUAGUGUCCAGUCACCAAUCUAUGCAGGAUGAUAUCCAAGAGGAACUUAAUCAUCUAAAAUCAGAAGACUCUGAUGUAGAGGAUGUACUUGGCUUAUCUAGGCAGUCAGAUCAAUCUGAACCCUUGUUGAAACUAGAUAUUGAGAAACUGCAGCACCUCAACAUCUCUGAGCCUAUGGAGGAAUGGACUCCGCUAAACACAGUCCUUUCUGAUAAUGCAGUUCAGCCCUUAGUAGCUGAGUACAUUGAAAUGAAGUUUGAGGACUUGGAUGAGGAAUACUACUUGCACAAGGAAAGCUAUCCUGAUGAGGAUGGAGCCAGUGAUCAUUCAGCCAGUUCUGUGAAGAUUGUGAAAUCAUUUAAGUCAGAUAACUCUGUUGCAAGUGUUCUUUCUGACUGUGGAGAAUUGAAAAGAACGCCAAAGAAUGAUUCUUAUUCUCAAGAUUUUGAUUGCCUUUCCCAAGGAAAGGAGACCAUGUACUCAAAAAAUUUUGAAUCAUUGCUGAGGAGGGAGACAUCUGAAGACAUGGAUGAAAGUUCACGUGGUGGGACUUGCAAUGUUGUUACUGAAUCUGCGGAAGCCCUUUUGCUAAGAAACAAAAUUACUAUUGACACAAAUCUCACUGAACUCCAAGUGCUGUCCCCUCCUGAGCAUUCCAAGCAGGAGGAAAUGAAUGAACUGGAGAAGCUUUCUCAAAGUGGUUCACCAAGCAUCAGUGUGGAUGAUGAAAUCAGUGAGCAACUGUGUGAGAAAUCCUCUCCCAGCUGUGGGAGUGUGCAUUCAGAACAACUUAUAGACUUGAAAUCAGCAACUGAGAAGAUCCAAAAUGAAGAACGAAGUGGUGCCAACAAUGAGAAACUGACUCCAGUGCCAUCGCACACUCCUUCUCCAUGUCACGCCCCAGCACCUUUGUUGCCUGAAACCGAUGAGCUGCCUGAAUUCCAAAUUGGUAUGAGAAUUUUAGUUAGUAGCAUCCAACCAGGGACACUUCGCUUCAAGGGCAGAACUAGCUUCGCCAAUGGUUUUUGGGCUGGUGUGGAGCUGGAUAUGCCAGAAGGCAGUAAUAAUGGGACGUAUGAUGGAGUCGAGUACUUCAAAUGCAGGGAGAAAUGUGGCAUCUUUGCUCCUCCUCAUAAGAUUUCCCUUCUACCCAAAUAUUAUGAGGAUGCCGUGGAUACAUUUGAAGAUGAAGAGGAGCUACUCAUGGAGGAUAAAUUAGCUCAUGAAUACAAAAUCUGUCAUGACGAAGGAGAAAAGCCAGAUCUUUCAAAAGUAGUAGCAGAACUGCAGGCAGAAGAGUUUGAGCUAUGUAAUACCCCUGGAGAGCAAAUAGACUUCAAGCUCAGUUCAUUUGAAAGUAACUUGAAUGAUCAAAAUGUACGCAGUCAAUUUUCUGAACCAAGUAAGGUUAACUUGCUGCACAUUAUUAAUGAAUCUAGCAAGGCUGUGGAAACUUUUGGAGAAAACCAAAAUUUAAAAGAGAAUUUGCCUAAGCCUGGUGAGGAGGAACAGUUGGUAAGUUUGAGUAAAGACCAGGACGAAGAAAAAUUUAACCGGACUGAUGUAUUCAUAGAGAAGGCAUCCAAGGCAGUACUGGAGCUGGAGACUGAUAUCAAUACCGAAGUGUCUCUGUGUUUUUCCAGUGCACAAAGGGAGGAAUUUUCACCAAAUGUCCAUGAGAACUCUUCAACUCCUCUCUUGGAUUUAUUGAACAGAGAAAAGGAGCAACUUGAGGCUCAAUUUAAAGUACCAUUCCUCGCACCUGAAUCUAAGGAAAUCCAUGAGGAGCAUGAAUGCAUUAACAAAGCAGAACCCAAGGACAAUAAUGAGGAUGGUGAAGACUUUAAAGGAGAUGAGCUGAAGAGCAAUGAUUCAAAGGCCAAUUCUUUGAUUGAUAUGAUACUAUCUUCCUUUGUCAAGGACACUGUCAAACAAUUUCAAGAAAUCAAGAAGUCUCAAGCUGAGAAGAUCCAGCUUACUAAUCAAGGAUUACAGUUCAAAUUGGAUGUUGAAUCUUCACCCAGGUCACCUUCCAAGGAUCUAGAGGUAGAAAACCAGACUGUUGUCCAAUUGGAGACGUCUGUAAGAGAUGAUAGUGAUGAUAAGGAGGAAAUAUUAUCGCCAGAUCUUUGUCCUCGACCAGGCAGCCCAGUGUUUGGCACAAGUGGGCAGGAAGAAUUGGCCAAACGCCUGGCAGAGUUGGAAUUGAGUCGUGAGCUGCUCGAUGACCUGGUCGAUGACCAAGAUUGGUUUGAUGAGGACUUUGGGCUGAACGCUAGCAAAGGCCAGCAGCCAGUGCAGGAGCCCCAACCUCCAAAGGCAGUGCCUGUCCAUGAGGAACCCUACUUUGCUGUACCUCAUGAUGCAUUAGAAGUUGAGAAGAUGGUUCAUACAGCCGCUGAGGAGCUGUGGAAGUUGCAGGAACUUGGCCAUGAUCUAGCAGAUCUACAAUUGCUCCCAGACUGUCUUGGGAAUAAUAAAGGGAAAGAUGUAGAGAGUGUGAGCAAAAGAGUUUAUUGUGAGGCUGUAUUUAACUUGACGAGAGAGAUUUUCACUGAGAUGUUUGCUGAAGACCCCAGUGCCAGCCAACCCCCAUGGAUGAAGCCAAGCCGAAUUAGCUCUGCUUUCUUCAGACGAGCAAGGAACCCACGGAAUUUAAAUGAAGUGAAGAUCUUCAUUUCUAAUGAGGUUAUGAAAUUGUUUGGAUUCAACCAAGAGCAAAAUCAGAAGACAGACUGGCAAAAGACGAUGAAAUUUGGCAGGAAGAAACGUGAUCGAGUGGACCACAUUUUGGUUCAAGAGCUUCAUGAAGAGGAAGCCCAAUGGGUGAAUUAUGAUGAGGAUGAGCUUUGUGUGAAGAUGCAGUUGGCAGAUGGAAUUUUUGAUGCUCUGAUAAAAGACACAAUAAAUGUACUGAAUCAGAUUCAGGGGAAGCAGUUAAAACUCAUGUUAUCCUAACACGAGCCAUGCUUGCGACUAACUUGUGGAUUCCAGAACAAAGCCAAACCUCAUGUCCCUAACAGAAGAGAAUCCACCUUGGCCUGUAACCGCCUCUCUCCAAUUGGGUUUUGACAUCUGGCAUGGAAUUUCCUCAAUAAGUAGAUGGUUUGGAAUAUCGCUCCUUAUUGGAGUCAGCUGACUGGCAGGAUGUGGAUACUGAAAGUGCCAAUCCCUUCCCCACCUAUUUAUAUACACCCCAUCCCAUUUAUUUAUCCAAACUGUAGCAUAGAUUUGAAUUCAGAGAAGUUUGCACACUCAGUUGUUUUUUGCAUUUACACCUAUGUUUAUCUUUUUAAAAACGUAUCUAACUUGAGGCGCUAUGGUAUCUGUGUUUGAUGUACACUAGCUCUGAGAGUUGAAAUUAUGGCUGAUAUCAUACACUGAAUACUACCUCUGAGUGAGGAGUACAUCUGCAUGACUGAAGUGGAGGGCAAAACUAUGGGGGUUUUUUAAAAAGUUGCUCUUAACUUCAUUACUAUUACUGUUGAUUUUUAUUUUUGGUUUUAAAUUAUUUCAGAAAUAGGAUAAUUGAUUUUUAUUCAUUUAAAUGGACUUCUGUUAUUGAUAUUCAUUUUCAGAAAAAUGUUGCAUACUUUGAACAGAUUUUGAGAUCACUUGCAUUGAUUCAGAACUUCUUUGUAACAGAAAACGAAUGAUAAUUCAGGUCACAAUACCCUGGUUUGUUGAAGUUAAUUAGUGCAGGGCUUGUGUUCUUUGUUCAUUUAUAAACUCUGUAUCAAUGGUAAAAGGUAUACAUUUCAAGGAAAAUCCCUGGGAUGCCUGACCAUUUAAAAGGUUCUUACUAGAAACCGUGAAGUGCUAACCUACUCUCAUUUGUAGGACUGCCUGUUUGUCUCUCUCUCUCUCUCUCUUACGGGAAUCAUCUUUUUUUCCUCACUGUCUCCCCACAAUAGCACAUUACUCCUGUCCAAGCCUAUUUUCCCUAAUGUUCCUUCAAUGAAAUGUUUGAGUAGCUCUUUUAUUUGAAACAGUGCUAAGUGUGAUCAGAAGUUUCCAGACAUUGGAAUUUCAGUAGUUGGAUAUCUAGUUAUCUUCCCUGAGCCAUUUGCUCCACCAGCUACAUAACUAAAGAUACCUGAUUCUUGCUGCUUAAGAAUAGUCUUGGCACCCAGCCACUCAGCCUGUGAUCUUUAAUAACUGGGUAUUAAUGAAAAGUGAAGAAAAAUGCUUUUCAUUUUACUUUUUUUUCCUUUGUAUGCCUACUCAACCAGUUUGCAGUUGAUGGCUGGUAGUGGUGGAUUUAUCGUGGAUAUCAUGUUGAUCUCGCUUGUUCGUGUGUGAGUUUUGUCAUCUCAAGGGUUAUCUCUCUGUCUUUGUCUAUUUGACAUAGGCAACAAAAUGUGGAGAGUUGUAACUUGUAGCUUUCUCUGUUUUGUACAGAGGGGAUCAUAGUAUUUCAUGGCCACUUGCUACACAAAACUCACUUGUUUGUAGGAAUCCUGGCUGAUUUUUAUUUUUCUUAUCUUCAUAACCCUGAGAUCUCAGGUUCCCCUUGAAUAGCUAUGAUCCUGCAGCUUAGCACCAUGUAGGGAAACAAAACCGAACCUUCUAGUCAGUGGAUUGCUUGCAGGCACUACGUUCACAGAAGGAUAUUAAUGAUUUGACUAGUUGCUAUAUGAUGUUGAUUACAUUUGCUUAUAGUUUUUAUGCAAACUAAAUUUAUUCUUGAUUGCCUUAUUGAUUUGAAGCAAACAAAUGUCUUCUCUGCUUGCCUCGCUGCCUCCACUUUGACUUCACAUUGUAUGGAUACAAUAAUGUCUACCAGAGCUCAACAUGCUUUAGAAAUAAAGCACAAAAAUUGAUCAGACAAGUCAAUGUUUUCAGCUGCAAGCAGGAGUUGGAAAAUACUAUCAAAAGAAGCAGCAUUUUCUCUUGAGCAACUAGUGAUAAACUUGUAGGAACAGAUUAUUCAGAGACAUACCUUUAGCACUACAAUGAUUAAUAUGGCUUUAAGUCUGUAGGAGUGCAAUGAUAGCCUUGAAAUCUUGAUGAAAGACAUCUGCUGAACAGAGGGGAGACUCCACAUGCAUGUGAGGUGUUCAUAAAAUAAUUGAAGGAUUACUGUGGUCAGUAGAUGUGCAUAAACACCUUUUGCCAUACUGCUGCUGCUUGGCAAUCAGGCCACAUCUUUUUCCAUGUAUGUUGGACCUCAUUUCUGUCUUUUUGCAAAGCUUAACGCAGGCACCAACUCAGUGGAUGUGAUCAACCUCAGACCAUUGUCUUAACUAACCUACUUUGGAUACAGUACUAAUAGUUGGUCCAGAAUUGGUGUGUUGAUAACUGGGCUCUAUUGGAGGAAGAUUAUUUCAUUGUGAUCCCAGAUCAGACCCCAACUCUCCUUCAUUUUGUACUUAGUAGUGUACCAAAGGAGCUAGGGCAGCACUGCAAACAUUUUUCCUACCAAAUCAGGUACUACUAGGUGGGAGUCCCAACUUUAUUUGCCAGUGGAGAACAGAAUGCUGGUUCUGAUGCACUUGUUCGUUCAGAUAUAGGGGCAAACCACAUUAUCUGCGCCAAGCACUGACGAUCCCAACUUGUUCAGUAGUUGGUGUUUAGUCGUCAGCCUGUCCGUAGGGCUCGUGUUUAAAAUGGUUGCCUUAGUUACUUAUAUACUUGAGAAAGUCAGUACCUGUGUUUUUCAACACCAGUAUUCAGCUGUUUCAAAAAAGAAUAUGAAAACUAUUUAUUAAGAACUUGAAGUUCAAAUGCUGAUGUGCUCAGUGCUGUAGUGGAUCGGUCUCCUCAUUGCAUUGUACCUAAUUUCUCAAACAUAAUAUGCUGGGUAAAUUAAUACAGGGAGACGUGCCUCUGUGCACUUUAUAGUGCAGAGCUUCACCAAGGAAUACUUGACUGUACAAUGUAUUUUGUGUGUUUGUUUGUGUGUGUGUGUGUUUGUGUGUGUGUGUGUGUAAAUAUUGGCUGAGCAUUCCCAUCUGAGGCAAUUUGCAUCCCUGUUGUAAUUUUGAGGGAUGGAGUGAUGUGAGAGUAUAGAAAUGUAAAAUAAUGGGUUUUCCCCUCUGUAUACAUACCUGUAUAUAUAUUUGAUAACAAAUUGACUUAUUAAUACUUAAGAAUUUUGUAAAUAAACA